GAGAUUGCUUUCCCCCAACAAAAUAUCGGCGAUCGAAAGUCCCGGUUUUGUGCUCGUGGAAGAGAAGAGGAGCUGCAGGAUAAUCAAUGGGAGGAGUAUUCACGGAGGAGCAGGAAGCUCUGGUGGUGAAGUCAUGGAGUGUGAUGAAGAAGAAUGCUGGAGAGCUGGGCCUCAAGUUCUUCUUGAAGAUAUUUGAGAUAGCACCAACAGCAAAGAAGAUGUUCCCGUUCCUGAGGGAGUCAGACGUGCCAGUGGAGCAGAACCCGAAGCUCAAGCCCCAUGCUAUGUCUGUCUUCAUGAUGACUUGUGAAUCGGCUGCGCAGCUAAGAAAGGCAGGCAAAGUCACAGUGAGGGAGUCGAGCCUCAAGAAAAUCGGUGCUGUCCACUUCAAAUACGGUGUUGCUGACGAACACUUUGAGGUGACAAGGUAUGCACUGCUGGAGACAAUAAAGGGAACAGUGCCGGAAAUGUGGUCGGAGGAGAUGAAGAACGCAUGGGGAGAAGCUUAUGAUCAGUUGGUCGCCGCCAUUAAAUCGGAAAUGAAGCCUUCAAAUUAAUCAAAACUCUCUUCCUCUGAGAAGAUGAUAUACGCCUUUCAUUUGAAGUUUGUUGUACUUUGUGCUCCUAAAACUGUCAAACAUUAAUACCCGUUUUUCCUCUGUAUUCCAUUUCUGGUUCCAACUGAGUUUACCCCUCAAUUGGAGAAUGUAAUAUUGAUUGUGGAGAUUCCUAAAUAAUACCCUUUUUCUUUUC